AUUCAUAAUUCCAUUGCCAACCAACAAAGAAAAUAUGUUUUUAUUCAAAUGCAUAAUUCUAAUUUUCAACGUAUUCUAUUUAGCCGAAUCCCAUUCUUGGGUAAAUUGUGUUGAUUACCUGGAAAAGAACGGAGAGGACUACGAGCACGACCUCUGUCGAGCAUACCCGAGGGAAGGGGAGCGAUAUGUGCCAAAAACGGGUCAAUUUGGAAGAGACACGGGGUAUGAUAGCCGACCUGGAACUACGGGCAACGCCUGUGAGUUUCCAAGAGAUGAUACAAAAUACACGGCUGCACACCCGAUGGCAGUGUACUACCCUGGUCAACAGUUUGUCAUCACACACCCAACAAAGAACCACGUGGCUGAUGUAAGAUGCACAAGUAAGUAUAUCCCUGACAAUGGCAAUGAACUGUAUAUAGGACCUAAAGAUGCCCAGGGAACUCCAACAUUAGCAGAGUUCCUUAACAAUCCACUUGCCGACCUUGGUAUAUCUCCAUUCGGGAAUAACGUUCCCAAUGCCGUUACAACAACAUACCCUAAAGAAGGGUUCCAAAAUGCCCCGAAGUUCUGUGAAAAUCCAGAUAAAGCGUUGGCAACCAAUAACGUCACCUUGCCCGACUUGGAACCAGGUCGGUAUGCAAUAUUGUGGAUCUGGCGUUUUAAUGGCAACCAAGACAUGUAUACCACAUGUUGGGAUGCUGAUGUCGUAGCGACCAAAGCAGAGAGAGACGCCAUUUACACACAAAGAGCAUUGUCUACAAAACCACUUAUCGACGUUGCCCUUGGAGGAAAAGAAGUAAGCGACUCAGCGGACGUUGUCACAACAACCACAACAACAAGUGCAAAUCCACAGCCUGAAGGUGGUGGUACGAAUUCUGGUGGUAACACUGACCUAGAUUCUGGUAGUCCUAACACUAAUGACGCAAAUCAAACGGGAAACGGAGCUACGACGGCUCACCAUGCAUUCACUUGCAUCAGUUUUAUCAUAAUGUUAGCACUGGUAUUAACCAUAUAGAUGAAUGAUACUACCAGAGCGUAACGAUAAAAAAACGAAGCUAAACGUUCGAUUUAGAAAAUACCUCGUUAUCAUUAUUCGAAAGUAGGGCUAGAAUAUAUCAAGAAUGUAAACUGCUGAAAUGAAUUUGAACCCAUGUGUUCGAAUGAUGAAAGGUCUAACGCCAUACCCAUAAAUAAAACAUGUAAUACUUUUGAUACCAUAAACUAAGUACAACAAACAAUCAACAAAAUCUGGUAAAGAGUGAAUAUGAAUUACAUAAAGGUAUGAAUAAAUUCUUUAUGUCGUUCUGUGCUAGCAACAUAUCACGAAAAUAAUAUAUUACAAGACAUUAUCAUAUUCUGCCAACUGGUCUGCCGACAUAGAUUUAUAACAGGUAUACAUAUGUACACAGGCAAAUUACAUCUGGGCCCGUGCACUAAGUUUUGAAAUGCCUGUAACCUUUCAUCAUUUGUGAGUUGAAUUAACCAUGAUACUUGGCAAAUCAAUGUAACUUUGGAUACGCUUUGAAAUG